AUGGCAACUGGUGUUAUGCGAUUGAAACUUAAUUCAAUUUUUCCUGGAACUACAAACUUCCUGGUAGUUGGCAUUAUUAUUGCAAAACUUAAUCCUAAAGUAAUAAUAUCCAAAAAAGGUAAAUUAAUUAGAUGUCUUAUUUCCUGAAAUUUCUAGUAAUAUUAUCUAUUAAAUACAAAAUAUAAAUGCUCUACUAAUCAUAAUUUAUGAAAAAUAAUUAAAAGAUAGUUACCUAUUUUUUUUUUCAUAUUAUAAAUAGAUAAUAAAGAAACAUCUGUUUUUUCGUUUACUAUUCGCGAUUCUCCAGAAGAUGUGGUUAAUGUCAGUGUAUGGGGAUCUUAUGAUUUUACUAAACAAUUAUAUAGUAAUUUCAAAGUCGGAAAUACUGGUAAAUUUAAAAAAAAAAAAUAUUGUUUUUGAUACACAAUUUUUUAAACAAUACAAUUUUUUUUUCUAGUUGAUUUGAUAAAUCCAACUAUUAAAUUUAAACCUGAGAUAGAAGAAAGAUACAUGCCAAAAAGUUCUAGGUAUAUUUGUCAAAAUAUUAAAAUCUAUAUUUUGAACUUACAUAUGUUAUUAGUUAAGCCCAUAACUUGAGAAUUUAAAAAUGUACAAAAUUUAAAAAAAUAACUGAAAAUUUUUUAUUUUCCUGUAAAAAUUAUUCAAAUAACUUAGUAGUUUUUAUUAUAUCGUAAUAAAAUAAUAUUUAUAGUCAUUUAUAGUCUGAGCAGAGUUCCAUUGUACAUGUUUUAAUAGGCUAUUAUAUUUACAAUUUGAUAAUAAUACAUUUCCUACAUUUUCCUGUUUUUCCUACAUAUUUCUUAUUUAUUAUGAAAACCCCUGGUAAAAUAAAAAAAUGACCUCUUUAAAAUACCACCCCAUUAAGAUUUACUUUCAGAAAAAGUGCUAUAAUUGUAAAUCUAAGCAUUUCUAUCAAGUCUAAAUAUUUUAUCCACAUAUAAACUUUGCCUUAUCUAGAAAAAGUAAAUACAAGUUUUUGUCAAAUUUCAAAUCUCUACAGGUAUUUUUAACCGAAUCACAAUAAAAAAACAAAAUUGAAUAUAAUAUGUCUUGUACAUUUUUCCGGUUUUUCCCAAUAAAAAAAACUAACUACUUAAAAAAAUCUAUAAAUUACCUGUUCAUUGCACUUAAAAAUCAGAUCAAAAUUUCUAAUAGAAAAGUAGUUCACAGAUUAAAAAAUAAAUAAACAUCAUUGUAAAACAAAUUACAUUACAAUUAAAAAUACAUUCUUAGAAUCCAAAAUAGUACACAAUUUCUUAAAUAUUGCAAAAUAAAAUUUUACAAUUAUCUUCUACAUACCAAAAAAUACAUUUCUAUGUAUAAGUAUAUGAAUAAUGUAUUAAAGUGAAAGAAGAAAAUUAAAAUGCAUUAAGUUCUGGGCCUUAGCUUAUUGCUUAUUUAAAAUUUAAACUAUUUAAUUAUUUAGCUCAUUUUUUUUAACAUUAAAUGAAAAUACAUCUCAAAUGUUAAUUCAUGAUGCUGAAGAUUCAAUAAACUAUAAACAUCUUCUUAGAAUUCCUACUUGUCCACAAAAUAUGUAUUUAAAAAUUGAAGAUAUCCAUUCUAGUGGAAAAGAGAUGUGUGGAAAAUUCUGUAGUUUAUUGGUCAUAGUUAGAUGUGUAAGUAAUAAAAUGUAUUAUUAAGAAUACAAUAAGUUAUUUUUUCCCCAGAAUUAUAUGUAGAACUCCUAUUUUAAAUAUGAUGUUGUCAUGUAUUUACAUACUUACUUAAAUUUAAUAUUCUUUAUUUUUCUAAAAAAAAACAAAAACGUAUAUGUUUAUAUGCUAUAAAUACAUAGAGAAUAUGAUAUAGCCAAUAAAAUAAAUGUUUUUCUAUUAGAUUCCACAUUCUAUAAUUACUUAUCGAUUAAAAUAUUAAAUUAUUUAGGUAAAGUCUACACAGUUGAUCAAAACCAAAUUUGGUAAGGAAACUUUUUUAAAAGAAAUCAUUGUGUUAGACAAAACACACCCAACACUUUUUAUUAAAAUUUGGAAUAAUGAAUUAAUAGAAAGAGCUACUCACUGGAUACCAAGAAAAACAGGUAACUGAAUAAAAAUAUUAUAGUAGGAUUAUAUUAUUGUUAUUAUUCAUCAAUUGAUAUUUAUUAUUUUUUUUUGAUAGAAUAUAAUUUAGUAUACCUAUUACCAUAUUAAGUUUGGAUAGUUCAUCAAUUAUAGUUAUUAUCUUUUUUUACUUUAAUUAAUUGAUAACUUAACUUUAAUAAAGUCGGGAUAAUAAUUAGUUAAUUUCAAAAUUGUAAAGCAAAUAAAAUUAAUUGGUAUUAUUUUUAUAUUUUAUUUUAUAGUUUUGAGCAUCUCAGAUUUAUACUUGAAAUGGGAUAUUUUUAAAAAAAACAUGACUGCUGCAAUUUCAAAUAGAACAAUUAUAACUGAGGAUCCUUCUACUAAUGAAGCUAAUGAUUUGAAAAAUUAUGCAAUCACACACUUAAUUGGGUUAUCUGAUAAAUUUACCAUUAAUAUUCCAGAUUGUAAUUAUACCUUAGUAAAUUUAUUUGUGUUACACAAUAUUAAUAUUUCUUAACAUAAAAUAUUAUUCAUUCAGAAUAUCAAUAGGUGUUGUUAAGUUCAUUUUUAAUAUAAUAUGAAAUCAAAAUUUUCCUUUUCAGUUUUAAAGGCCAAACAAUAAUUAAUUAAAUGUUACUUACAGGGUAAUCUAAAAAUAGGAUGUAUAAUGAAUGAUAAAGUGUAAAACCCCAAAUUCCUAAAUAAAACAUUUAGGAUUUUGGUUACUUAUAUACAGUACUGGGCAAUACAUAAUCUGAUUAAAGAUUACGAUUAACAUUUUUAGUUGUUAAUCAUAAUAUAAAUGAAUGUAAUCAAUAAUCACAAUUCAAAGGUUUUCCAAUUAAAUAGUAGUGAAAAUAUCCCGUCCCCAAAAAAACAUCGCUAUUUAGAGUUGUCCAUUAGAGGUUUCACUGUAAUACAUAUAGACAUUUUAUUCAUUAUACAGUUAUACACUUAUUCAUCUAAAUACUUCUUAUUUCCUACAGUUAUUUAUAUUUAUACAGGGCCAAAGGGAAAACUGUAAAGGUAUUGGAGAUGCCAUAAAUAUAUGGGACAUCAAAUUUUAGAUGGUUAUCAAGUUAGACAGUACACAUAUAAUGAUUACCCUAAAAGGCUAAUGAUAGUUAACACAGUAUUAUAUGUACAUUGUACAAUUGUAUAAUGUAUAUAGUUGUAGUUAUAGAUGAAUUUGGCAAUAAUGAUUAAUGAUUACUUUGAAAAAUGAUUAAAUGAUUAAUAAGUAAUGUAAUUUAAUAAAUUAAUCAUAAUUUAAUUCACGUCCAACACUGUUUAUAUACAUACAUAUAUUAAAAUAAAAGUUAAAAGAAUAGGCAGACCAGAAAGCAACCCAGAUACAGAAUACUAUAUUGGAUGAUUAAUUUAUCUUUAUCUAUUAUUAUCACACAAAUUAUUAUUUAAAUAUAGUUUAAACCUUUUCAUAUUGAUUGAAAACCAAAAUCAUAUUUACUUCAAAUAUUUCAAGAAAAUUUCUGGAUUAUGAUAAAUUUUCACCUGUAUAAUAUGUUUUAAAAUGUAUAUUAAAUAGUAUAUGUAUAAAUUACUAACACAAUAUUUCCAGACCAACUUAUUUUAAAUAUAAUAUUUUUAUUUUUUGAUUAGUAUCAACUAUAACAGAAAUAAUGACUUGUAAACGUAUAUUGAUAAACUCAAAUGAAAGAAAUGUACAAUUUUCAACAGUUUUAUAUGCGAUUGUGAGCAAAUUUAAUAUUGAUGGCUCAUCGCCAUUGUUUUUAAAUAAAUGGUAAUUCAUUUUAAAAUUUAUUAAAAUAAUAUAUAUUUAAAAUAUUUUCUUUUAUGUUCCCUUUCACAUAAAAAUAAUAUUAUUCUUUAUGAUGACUUUCAUUUUUCCUUAACUUCUUCUGAAUCAUUCAGUCAUACUAUCCAUUGGUUUCUUUUUCAUAUAGUUGCAUUAUUUGUUUUGUGUUUGUACUAUGUGAUGGGGUGAUUAGGAUGGGGAUUUUUGUGUAAAUACUUAAUUUUAUUGGACUCAGAUUUUUUUAGUUUUGAUUAAAAAUAACUAGUUUUAACACAUCAAAUAUUAUAAUACUUUUUUAUUUUACAUAUUUCAAAUAUUCUGAUGUAAAUAUAUAUUUUUAAAUAUUUUACUAAUAAGUACAUAUUUUGUAUAUUCAUGUAUAUAGAGUAGAGGUACCUGUUAAAUUUAACAGAAGUAUUGACAAUAACAUUAACUUUAUUUUGGAAAUUGUGCCAUACAUAAUAAUACAAAAUUAAUUAAAUUACCUUCAUAAUAAAAAUGCUGGUUUAUGAAACAUAAAAGCUAUUAAAAAUAUUGUUUGAAUAAAAAUGAAAACAAAUUGAUGGAAAUUUAAUUAAUACCAUCUGAUAUAUCAAGUAUGAAACAUGUCCUAUAGAGGACAAAUUAGCACUUCAGAUAAUAAUCAUUUUUGAAACCUAGUUCAUUUAAAUUUCAAAAUCUCCAAGUGCAAAUUGUUUCCAAGAGUACAACAAUGAAGAUGAAUAAAUAAAAUAAAAUAAACAGUUCAUAUAAUAAACCUAUGUCUUUAGUAAAUUAAUUUAAAUUACAAAUUUGUAUAUUAAAUAUUUCAAAUUUUUUAUUACACGUUUUGGAAAAAAUAACAAUAUAAAUAUUUAUAUAUUUCGACUUUUGUAUUGUAUACAAAUCCAUGCUUUAGUGAUAAUAAUUGCCAAGAUAAAUAUUUUUCUUAAAUAAAUAAUUAUAUGUUGAUUUGCAGUAACAUAUGCGGUACAGAUGUUGAAAAUGCAUACUUAAUGUGUCUCAAUCCAGAAUGUACUACACAUUUUAAUAUAGCAAAUGGAUCAGAUGAAUUAGAAAGUAUAUUAAAUAUUAAACUAUCAUUAACUGAUAUUUCUGGUACUUUAGACAAUUGUAUAUUGCAUCAUAAAGCUGCCACAAAAAUAUUGUGUAAAGUAAGUUGUCAAGAACUAGAAAUGUACAAAUUUGUUUUACAUUAUUUAAUGGUAUUACUUUUAAAAACUAUUCAAUACUUGAAUAUUAUAAUGUUAUUUUUAGUUGUUGAUUAUAAAUAUGUCAAUUCAAUUUAAUGUCAUGUAUACUUGCAAAAUUGUUUCAAAAUUAAAAUAAAUCAUUAUAUUAUGUUAACUAGGUAACUAAUUUUCAAAAUAUGAGUUUGAAACAAAGAACAGAACUAAAAUGGAAAUAUUUAUUUGUAAAUUGUAAAAUUAAAUUAAUAUCUACUAAAUCUACUCCUGGUGAAAAGAUAACAUUUAUUAUUGUAGAUAUUUGUAAUGAAGGACCAAUACAUACUUUUAUAUCACAAAUACCAAUUUAUUAA